AUGCCCCGCCCGCCCGCCAGCCAGGCCGCGCCGUCGCGCUGCGUCCCGUCGGGGGAGGCGAGCGGUGGCGGCCUUGAGGCGGCUGGCGCGGGCGGGGACGCGGGCGCGGGCGCGGGCGCGGGCGCGGGCGCGGGCGCGCUCCUGCAGAGGCCGGAGGAGCUGCGCGAGCGCCGCCGAGGGCGAAUUAUUCUAAUUGGCGCAGCGGAUGAUGCGCUCGGGUGCCGGCUGCCGAGCGCCGCCGCCACCGCCGCCACCGCCGCCGUCGCGCGGAGGGGAAGGCGAAAAUCGGGCACGCACAGCCUCAAGCAAGCUGCUACUCGUCGGCCGGAGCCAUCGCGCGGCCCCGCGCCCGCGCCGCCGCCGCCACCGCCGCCGCAGCCGCCCGCGCCAGCGCUCGCCGCGCCGUGGCCCGCCGGGCGAAGCAUGGCCCCCGCGCACGCGCCCUCGCCCGCUCGCCGCGCGCUGCUGUGGUCCACGCUGCCCGCGCUGGCCGCGCUGCUCGGCCUGCUGUGGCUGCGCCGCCGCCGCUGUCGCCGACGCCCUCUGCCGCCCUCAGCUGCAGCUUCAGCUGCCGCCACCGCCGUUUUCACGUCUCUAGAGCCUGCUUCCACCGCGCCUCAGUCGCCGCUACCGCUCACGCCCACCGCCCGCGCUUCUGACGGUCCGCCCCGCCCACGCACGCCGCACGCGCAGGUGGAGAAGCAUCCGACUGCGCGUGAGCAAGAGCAGCAGCAGCAGCAGGCCAAGGAGCCUCCUGAGCGGGCCGCCGACGCACCCGCUCUCGUCUCAGCGCCAGAGCUCCCUCCCGCGCCCGCCCACGGCGCCCAGCCUCGCGAGCAGCAGGCCACCGACGAGCCCCCGCGGCAUCCCAGCGCGCACUCAGAGGAAGCUCCCGGCCCAGCGCCGGCCACCGGUGCCCGCGCCGCCCCCAGCGCGGCCCCCAGCGCCGCCCCCGGUACUGCCGCCAGCGCCGCUCCCAGUGCUGCCCCCAGCGUCUCCGCCGCCGGCGGAGAUACUGCUCCUGCGGACUGCCUCCGCGGCCAGCAGGCAGAGCAGCAAGUACAUCAGUGCAGUAGUCAAGAGGAGGAGACCAAAAGUCUGACGGAGGGAACCGAAGAAGUCAUUAACCGGGAAGUAGAGGAGGUUCAAGAAGGUGCUGAAGAAAUCGUAGAACAAGUGCAAAUCGCUUGCGUUCAAAAGCAGGAAGGAGCCCUUCCAGAGGUUUUGCAGUCGACAUUCGGCUCCAGCAGUCCGGAGCACGAAGGAUUGCACACUACUCUUGCAGACGACCGGAGUGGAGAACCAGCCAUUCUUUCUGUGGGCUCGUCGCCUGAGUCGGAGUGCCUGCAUAAAGAAGGGCGACAGGAUCAGGAAGUCAGGGACACCAGUGAAGAACAAGAAAAUAUAAUUUCUAGUGAAACUGCUACGGAAUCUUGUGCGGAGUCAACUGCCACCAUUAUUGUUGAUAGUACGCCACAAGAGUCGUCAGUGGACUUUGAGAAGUGUGUUUUGAAUCCAAACCAAGCUAGGAGCGGUGACAAUUCAGUGCACAAUUCAAGUGAGAGUUUAAAUAAAUUGGAAGACACAGACUCGAACGAAUUGAACCCAGUGAUCAUUGAAUCUAGUGAUUUUGUGCCAGAAGUGAGCAGUUCAGUCAAAGACCCGAAGGUAGUUGAAUCGAUGGAGAGGAGAAAGAACACCGAAUCUGUAUUGUCGAUGAAAAAUUGUGAAAUUUCGCCCCAAGAAUUGUCAAAAGAACAUUUAAAAGUUGAAGAGUUUGCUUCGGAAAUAUUAGAAGGGUUUAGCCGAAUUGGUAAAGAAAUAAAGAAUACUCCCGAACAAGUAUUGCUUAUGCGUAACAAAGAGGAAAAAGUUACCACAGUGGAAGUUGAAGUCACCGGGUCGACGGAAGACUCGAAGGACCUUGAACCAGUGAUAGAGUCUAAGACUUUAAUAGAAGUUCCAAAAGAAACUAACACAAAAGAAAAAGGAGAAAAUACGCAGAAAUUAACAGAGAAAACGGAGAAAUCUUGUAAUUCGAUAGGCGAUUCCAUUUGCGUUUCAACAUCAAAACAAUCUUCGCCCGAAGCAGUCAGUUCAUCAAAGAAAGUCACGAAUUGUACCAAAUCUUCUAAGAAAAGCAAAACUUCUUCUGAAUCAUCCAAAAAGAACAAAUCAAACAAAAGUAGUAAAUCUCCUGAAUCUUCCUUUACCAAGACUGCUAAAGACGAAACGGGAGUUAGAGAAAGCAGUAAAUCGCAAGGGUCUCCUAGUUCUGAUCGAGAAAACGCAAAAGCAUCUGUGGUCAAGGAAGUGAGCCCCGAGUCCGCAACUGAGUCAGCGCCAGCGGCCUCGCCAGAGGAACCCAAAGUUUCCCGCAGGGUGCAGGAGGAGACGCGCGUCUCGCCGCACGCCCAGUCGCCGGACAGGAGCAAAACGAACACAGCAGCAGCUGCCCCCGCAGCCGAGCCGCAGUCUCCUGCGGAGCCCAAACAGCAGGAGCUGCAGGCACAGGAGCUGGCGCGCCGCAUCCAGCAGCUGGCCGAGCAGCCCAGCGACCUGUCAGCAGAAGACCAGGCCACGAUAGUGAAGGAAGAGAAGCCGAAGAUGGAGACGGCGCACGUGGAGGAGAGCGCCGCCGCACCGCCCUCCGCCCCCGCCGCCUGGCGCCCGCCGAAGGGAGCCGCCAGCGAGGCCCGGGCGGACGACGGCGUGGCCGCGGCGACGGCGUGUGGUGGUGGCGACUCGAGCGACUCGGGCAAGGGCUGCCGAAAAAACCCCGAACGGCCGCCCCCCCAACGCCCCCCUCGCGCACGCCGCCUCGGGCAGCUCCGUGUCGGGACGCGGCCCACGCCGCCGCCCAUCCACGCCGAGCCGCCGCACGCGCCGGCCGACGCGCACGCCGCCGCCGUCGCGGCGGCCGCCGCUGCUGCCGCAGGCGCGCGCGUCUACGAGUUCGUGCUGCCGCAGCACCUCGUGGGCCGCCUCAUCGGCCGUCACGGCUGCUUCGUGCACCAGAUAAAGGCGCGCACCAACGCCUCCAUCCUCAUCAAGCGCCACCCGGACACCCCGCGCUUCAAGGUCUGCGCUGUCGAGGUCGCCAGCCCCUCCGAGAGCGUCUGCGAGUGCGGUGCGGAGCGAGACGCGUCAGGAGCCAUGCAGCGGCUCGUCAACGUGCGCUGCCCGCUCGUGCCCGUGCGGCCCGUCGUCGCCGGCCUGCAUCCGCCCGUGGUCUGGAUGCACCGUUGGGUGUUUCUUCUAGAAAUGACAAUGGAAGUGACGAACUCAUCGUGCAUAGGGGCGCGUGUGGACCUUGUAAUGGCGUUCUCGUGCGUGAUGAAAAGCAGUGAUGCAGGUCUCCUGCGAGGCCAGAGGCAGGGCGGCGGCGGUGAUGUUAGCGCCCAGCUGACUGGCGGCACGGCGUGCCGUGGACGACCUUGA